AUGCCACGACUUCCAGUGUUGUCUAGAAGUGGGAGUCAAAAUGUUUCUAGCCCUGUUAUUAAUUGUGAUCGAUGCAAUCUUCGACGUCAACCGGGUCCGUGUUUAAAGAUGACUAGCUCUUGUUUCAAUUGUCGAGAACAAGGUCACAUGGCAAAAGAUUGUCUCAAAACUCGGAUCCAAACUGACAAAAGGAAAGGUAAACAACCAAGUACUAGUGGACGAGUCUUUGCAUUACCUGGCAGCAAAUCUCAAGCGGGUAUGAUUUCGGGUCAUAUUAAAUUAAUUGAUUUAUCUGUUUAUGUUUUGUUUGAUACUGGUGCGACACACUCAUUUGUUUCUGAACAAUUAGAAUCCCGAUUAAAAUCGUAUGAGCAAACCACCGAAUUUCCAGUGGUAAUAUCUACUCCAAUGGGUGGUUCAAUUUGUGUGCUAACCCAUUUUUCCAAUUGUUCGUUGCUUAUUGGGGACUGCAUACGAGAGGUCACUUUGCUUCCAAUGCAUAUGUCCUACUUCGAUUUAAUAUUGGGUAUUGACUGGUUGUCACGCCAUCGGGCAACAAUAGACUGUAAUGCCAAACACAUUUUGUUUGGGGAUAUAGACAACCCGGAGGCAAUCUUCCAAGAAGGUACUCCAAAAGAAGAUGUUAGUGUAGUAGUCUCUAUUACUGUGAAACAAUAUACGUAG